CAGUGUAAGCAUGGGACGAUAAAGAACACUAUAUAUAUAUGGGAACAUUUGACUUAUCUCUUCCGUCUGCCUUCGCCUGAAAUCCGGAGUGGAUCAGGGAACGGGAACGAAAGCGACUUUAUUGUUCUUUUGCUACUCUCGCUUCCUCAUUCGAUUCUACAGUUGACGGUAACAUUUAAUCCGAAGAACAAUGGCCGUGUCUGUCAAGGUGAUGUCUCUUAUUGUCGCUUGUUUGGGCGUGAUAUCCUUCCUAUUUGGAGUCGUUGCUGAGAACAAGAAGCCUGCAUCUGGAACUCCCAUCCCAGGCAAAGGCCUUGUUAUCUGUCAAUACCCGAGCGACCCAACUGUCGUCUUAGGAUAUCUUUCCGUUGCAUUUCUUCUUGCUUCUUCAAGUGCAGGAUACUUCUCUCUGUUCUAUCCUUACUAUGGAAAAUCCGUUCCUCGAGGUGCCUUGUUUAAGAACAGCAGUUUCUCUAUUUUCUUCAACAUUGCUCUGUUCACAACCGGAUUAGCUAUGACUUUGCUCGCCUGGCCUACGCUCACCGAGCAACUUCACUUGUCUCGCAACGUUCAUUACGAUCUCGAAACAGCAUGCCCAACUGCUAAGACAGGUCUUUUGGGUGGUGGUGCAUUUCUCUCCCUUGAUUCAUCCCUCUUUUGGUUGGUUGCCCUGAUGUUAGCUGGAAAUGCUCGAGAAGACUACUUUGAUGAAAUAGAAGAAAAUGGAACCAGUGCUCAAGCUCUUCAAACGAGCGCAUGAAACUUCUUUACUCGGUAAUAAUAAUAAUUCAGUCUCACUUUUUACUUGUCAUUAACUAUUAAAGCAAGGACUUGUAUGUGAAUACAGAUUCGUAUAGUUAGAACGUUUCUCGUAGUGUAUUUCAUAUUCAACUUAUAAUAUUGUGAGUUGUUAUUAUUAUUAUUAUUGACA